AUGGUUUCCGCUGCAGUUUUGGGAGCAGCAACUGGAACAGGAUUGGCUUUGGUGGUUGCCGUUACUAUUGUUGUUUAUCGAUAUUAUUCGGUAAAACGAUUAAGUAAAUAUUGGAGCACGCUUGAUCGUUGGCCUGAACCACCAUCCAACAAUAGUACUUCAUCAAUAAAAAUUCACCCUUAUAUGUGCUUGAUUGUUGGAGAAAAACUCAUCGCAAUUAUUAUGCAGUUCAAUCUCAGCGGUGGAAGCGGUGGAAGCGGUGGAAGCGGUGCAAGUGGAAAUAAAGGUGAUAAAAAUUCUAGCAAUAGUUCUGGAAGUAGAAUAGGAAUGGUUACUGGGGUUGCAAUAAUACGAGAUCGUUGGGUCCAGAGGGGCUCUCCCUCACGAUCACCCCUUUCUUCAGUAACAACCACUGACAGCGCUGACAGCACAACUAGUUCCGAGGAAUUUAAUGUUGCAAAGGAACAUCACGCAAUUCAACCCUCACCAUCAUCUACUGGGGCUGACGGUGGUUCAGGCUUACCACACCAAAGUCGAAGUUAUUCAAGCAGCGGAGCGUCAAUUCAAGGUCCGGGGGGUAGAAUUCUCGUUAGAAAUCCCUCAGUAAGCUCACAAAGUUCAUUAGAAGGGGCCACUACUACUGGUACCGCAUCUGGGUCAUCAACUCACCGUGGAUCAUCACCACAAAUUCGAGCUUUUGGCCCUGAUGGCCGACAUCAUCAUGAUUUGGUUCAUCCAUCAUCUUCAUAUCCACCCAGCAGGAGCUCAAGGUCACCAUCACCAGCACGGGCAUCCUCAUUAGAUGCUAGAUGCGGAACUCCAACAAACUGUACAGGAAGUACUCAAACUGGAGUAGCUUCACCAUCCCAAAACUCUUUAUCAUCUUUAGGAGCAUUAGUAACCGCAACAAGUACAUCUACAGGCAUAGUACCACCAACAAAACCAGCAAGUCGAUGUCUUUCACCUCUUUUAAUUCCGCCACCUAGAACAUCAAUAAGUGAUGGUAGCCCAGCACCUCCAGCUUCUCCCUUGGGAUCUCUCCAGCCAGAUCUUUAUCUGCGCCGUGAUGGUCCACUUUUUUUAAGUGCUCGGAGAACUGGAAAAUGUAUGGGUCGUCUUCACUUACGUUUAAGUUAUGAUUUUGAUAAAUCAGAUCUACAUGUUCAUCUGAUAGAAGCGCACGAUCUUGCUGGAACGGAUCAAGGAGGGUUUAACGAUCCUUUUGUUAAACUUACCCUCAGUCCGGAGGUUGAUAAUAGAAAGCGACAAACUCAUAUCCAUAGAAAUGAUCCAAAUCCAUUUUUUGAUCAACAUUUUAGAUUUCCUGUUAGUUAUGAUGAACUAAAAGAAAAAACUUUAUUACUUCAGGUAUUUGACUAUGAUCGUUAUUCACGAAAUGAUGUUGUUGGUUCGGUAAGAGUUGCCAUGGAAGAACUUGAACUUGUUUCAUCCACCUCACCUGUCGAAGUUUGGGGCGAGAUAGCUCGUGAAAAGAAAGCGCCUGAGGAUAUACAACAAGUUCUUGUCUCUCUGUCUUAUUUACCAAGCGCUGAAAGACUUACAGUGAUGAUACUUAAAGCAAGAAAUUUAUUUCCACCCCAGGUUCCACUUUUUUAUUUUUAUUUCUUUACUAUGUCAUACUACAUUUCUUGGGUCCAAUUGUCCGCUUACGCUGCUGUGUGUGUCAGAGUACAUUCAGAAUAA